AUGAAGGGAAUACAUCAGUUCAUUGUUGACCUAAGAAAUUCAAAGGACCAAGAGGAAGAAUACAAGAAAAUACGUACAGAAGCAAAUAGUAUCCAGAAUAAAUUUCAAUCGACAACAUCGUUGAAUAGUAACCAAAAGAAAAAGUACAUUUGCAAGUUGAUUUAUAUAUUCAUCCUGGGGCAUUCUGAAUUGAUCAACUUCGGACUAGAUGAGUCCAUUGAAUUGAUUAAAUCCAAUAUUUUCAGUGAUAAAAAGUUGGGAUACCUUGCGGUGUCUGUUCUUUUGAAUAACGAGAGCCCUAAUAGCAAUUCAUUGUUCACAGCCAAGGAACACUUGAACCACAUAUUGGAAGUUACACACCCUUGCCUAGUUCUGGACUUGCGGUCUACGGAUGAAGAGGUCAACUGUUUGGCGAUUCAGAUGAUUGCAACUUGUUUUACUGCGUCGGAUUCAGUAACGAUAUACGACGGUGACGGUAACUCCAUGCAGUGGAUGGAAUUGAUUGACAUUAUAUACGCAUCUGCAACUUCCCCAUUGCUGAAACCUAUUGUAAAACAAAAGGCAUUGAUAACUUUGAAAUCACUCCUUCAGAUGUACCCUGACGUUGUUAUAAAGAACAAUAAUUGGGUUCCUCGUUUAUUGAAAAUAGUGGAAGGUUCAAAGGAUAUUGGCGUUGUUACUUCUAGUGUGCCCUUGCUUGACUAUAUUCUAACAAUUAAACCAGAGGUUGUGAGGUCAGUUAUUCCUUCUGUUGCGCAUAGACUCUACUCAUUAACAGUCUUGGAGGAGUGCCCCGCUGAGUACUACUACUAUAAUACGCCUGCUCCUUGGCUUAUAGUGAAGCUUUUGCAAUUUAUCGAAAACAACUUUCUAAUAAGUACGACAAGCGAUCCAACAGCAUUCUCGGCCAAUAAGAUUGACAGUACCACGUUAAAUCAACUCCGCCAGGUGGUGUCGAAAUCUAUCCAGAAUGCAUCUCAACAUGUCAAGGGCCUACCAAACAGAAACUCACGAAGCUCCAUUUUAUUUCAAGCAGUAUCGUUGGCAGUAUUUUUGGAGGCGUCUCCCGAGGCCAUCGCCGGUGCAUCCAAUGCACUUUUAAGCCUCAUUGCAUCAAACGAUACAAAUACGAGAUAUUUGGCUCUUGAUGCUUUGAUAAAGCUUACCGCCAGACUGGAUUCCCCAUAUCUAUCAUCAAAGGAUAAGUUUAACGAGAUUUUGCCUAUUUUCAUCCACUUGCUCAAGGAUAAGGAUAUAUCAGUGAGAAGGAAAGCAUUGGACUUGCUUUACACUAUCUGCAACGAGGAAACCUAUUCUGUCAUUUUGAACGAACUAUUGCUCUAUUUCCCAUAUGCUGAUCAACAAAUGAAACAGGAGUUGGCUAUAAAAAUUGCAGUAUUGGCAGAACGAUUUGCAACGGACUCUACAUGGUAUGUCACAACAAUGCUAAAAUUGCUUUCAAUCGGUGGUGGCUCAAACGCCAAUGGAGUUGGAUUUAUCAGCAAUGAAGUCUGGGAGAGAAUUGUACAAAUAGUAGUCAACAAUGACGACUUGCAUAAAAAGACGUCCAAGAUGAUCAUUAAUUUGAUGAAAAAGCCAUUUGGGAAUACACAAUCCCCCGUUUCGGAGUACUUAAUCAAAGUGGCGGCAUUUGUGCUUGGCGAGUUUGGUCACGAAGUGAAUGAUGUGGCAGAGACUAAUAUCGGAAUUCAGUUUCGUUUGCUCUAUGACGCAUACUUUGGCGUGUCUAUUUCCACUCGAGCGAUGUUGUUGAGCACUUUCAUCAAGCUCCUUGUCAAGUUUCCCGAAGCUGAUUUUGUUCCUGAAAUUGUUGAUUUGUUUGAAGUUGAGACGCAGUCAUUGGAUUUGGAGAUCCAGAGCAGGGCCUAUGAGUACUUGAAAUUGUCAACAAUCCAUGCGGACUUCAGGUUGGCCAGUACGGUAAUCAAACCCAUCCCUGCCUUCAAUCAACAUGAAAGUCCUUUGUUGAAAAGGCUUGGGGUUUUGGCAAAUCGUCCUGGGGUGAGCCGGUCAAAGUCGCGAGUUUUGGCUAGCAAUAUCAAAACAAAACCAGAGAAUGGUACAAACAACAGUACUGUUGAAGACAAUGCCCUCACAAACAACUGGUACGCUGGAUUUCACCGAAUGCUUCAUUUUGACGCUGGCAUUUUUUAUGAGAAUAACCUCAUCAAAAUCACCUACAGAUUGGUGAAAAAUAAUAACGAGUUCUUAAUCCAAUUCGCUAUCGUAAAUAACGCAUACAAGACUUUGGGUGAGACUAUAACCGGAUUUAACGUUCUUAGUCUUGGUUCUAAAGCAAAAAAAGAGGAUCCUAGCUACUUGGUCUGCAUCACGCAAUUGCCAGAAUCGACAAUCUCAGAUCAGGCCCAUAUGGAAAUAAGUGUAAAAGUGAGAGGCGUUGUUGAACAUGACGAGGAUCCUGUUAUUUCGUUUACUUUUAUGUGCGGCGGUUCUUUCAGUCAUUUGAACUUGAAAUUCCCCGUCCAGCUUAUAAAGACGUUAACAUCGGCCCCAAUUGGUGGACUCAACGAGUUUGAAAAAAGAUGGAAUCAAAUAGGCAAGCAUUUGGGACUUGAAAAAGGCGAGAGCAGCGUAGUUGUACAUUUGUCACACAGACAUGAUUCCGCCCAGGUUUGUCGCUCCUUAUCAAGAGUAGGAUUUACAGUUCUUCCAGAAACCGACUUUAGACCCAUCAACAUAAUAGGGGCCGGAAUUAUUCACACACAAAAAUCCAAUUACGGUGUUCUUGUCAAGUUUGUUGGAUUGGACGAAGAGGGGAAAGAUUUGAGAAUAACUGUACGAUGCACUGGUGGUGGGGUGGCGGAAAUAAUCUCUCACAUUAUGAAGGAGAUUUUUGUAGGUAAAUAA